AUGGCAGCGCCCGAGUAUAUGAAGGUGGCGAAGUUUACGAUACCCGGAACCAAAGCCUCAUCUUUGAGCAGCUUCUUUACGCGGAAGAUCCUCAGCCAUCACCCCUCGUUUUCUCAGUAUGAGGUGGUCACAAUUCAGCAGAUGCUGAUUACGGGUGGUGCCAUUGCGUCUGGCUCUGGGACACCGUUUGAUAACGAUGUGUUUCGCCGGCUCCGACGUGACGAAUACCUACGGGAUCCACUUGACCCGGCCCAAGACUGCAGCCGGUCGGGCGGUGGGGGUGGCGUUACUCGCCGGGCCCGGAGCGGUCUGACGCCUGCAAGCACCGGUGCUGGGCAGCCGCGAACAGAACACGAACAGCACAAAAGAGAAAAGAAAUACCGGACCGCCAAGGAGUCAACCGGCAACGGCAAUCCGUUUGUACGGGAUGUGGCAUGA